AGUGUGUGGCCAGCAGGCCAGGGCCACGAUGGCCGUCUUGUGAAGACAGUGUGUGGCCAGCAGGCCAGGGCCACGAUGGCCGUCUUGUGAAGACAGUGUGUGGCUAGCAGGCCAGGGCCACGAUGGCCGUCUUGUGAAGACAGUGUGUGGCCAGCAGGCCAGGGCCACGAUGGCCGUCUUGUGAAGACAGUGUGUGGCCAGCAGGCCAGGGCCACGAUGGCCGUCUUGUGAAGACAGUGUGUGGCCAGCAGGCCAGGGCCACGAUGGCCGUCUUGUGAAGACAGUGUGUGGCCAGCAGGCCAGGGCCACGAUGGCCGUCUUGUGAAGACAGUGUGUGGCCAGCAGGCCAGGGCCACGAUGGCCGUCUUGUGAAGACAGUGUGUGGCCAGCAGGCCAGGGCCACGAUGGCCGUCUUGUGAAGACAGUGUGUGGCCAGCAGGCCAGGGCCACGAUGGCCGUCUUGUGAAGACAGUGUGUGGCCAGCAGGCCAGGGCCACGAUGGCCGACUACCCGCCCACACAACACUACGCCUAAGUCGGCUUCCUCAACACCUCCCGCGAACGGAUUAAUAAUCCUGAGCAGCUGAUGAUGCUGUUGCUUCAUCUGGUGGUGGUGGUGAUGGCGGCGGCGGCGUGGCGGGCGGAAGGCAGGGAGGCUGAGGAUGGCAGGGCAGUCGGAUGGUUCUGGGACUUCCCUUUCUCCAAGUACAUAGAACAGCAGCCAGCUGAUGUGUACCCGGAGGCCGCAGGCAUAGAGCCGGUGGUGGAGCUGCGGGAGGAGGGCCGCAGGAGGAGCGACGACACGGAGAAGCGCAACAAGCCCGCCAAGGACCUGCGGCAGGGCGCCCUGGGACCUGCUGCCCCGCCCUUGACCGCCAAUAUCGCCAUUACCGCAACCAAGGGCCAUAAUGUGCCGGUGCUGCCCGUGGCGGCGCCCGUGGCCACGCCGGUGAUAACCCAGGCCGUGGACAUCCCCGCCACCCCCUGGAACUUCAACUGGCUGACGAAACUCCUCAACACGGCCACGCCUGCGGUCGCCACGCCUGCCGUUGCCGCCGCACCCGCAGUUGGGAGGCCUAUCGGCGGGCUGGGGCUGAAUGCCAACCUCCAAGGCUCCCUGACCAUCAACAAGCCUGGCGUAGUGGCUCCCGUGGUGCCACCGGCGCGACCUGUGCUGCCAACCAAGACGGAGGUGAUGGUGCUCAGGUUCCCGGAGUUCAUCAAGACCAUCGGACAAGGCAUCAAAAAGGUCUCCAAUGCGGUUCAGGACUUCGGUCUGCUGACGUCUGCGACCAUAGCCAACAAGUUCAGCGGCGGCCUGGGCAACGUCCCCACUGCCAUUGGUGCCGGCGUGGCCGCCAUCAUCCCUCUGGACCAGCAGAACACCGUCCAGAAGCCAGGCCUCGUCCUCCCCGCCCUCCCCACCAUCCCCAAGCCAGUGCUGCCUGCAUUGCCAACCAUACCCAAGCCUAACCUGGCCGGCCUGGGCAAUCUCUUCACUAAAGGCACCGGGUUGAACGUAGCCGGCACCGGGACAGCCAGCCUCACUGUCAACAAAGGGACGGGCGCUCAGACUGCCAUAGUUGUAAAUGGUUAGCUGUUGACUUCUUCACAAGACCAAAAUGGCUUCAGUCGCUGCGGCCUGCAUGAGAAGAAUUGUUCUUACCUCGAUUUCCUCGUUCUCCAUUAAACAAAAAAAGUCUGUACCAUCUCCAUCAUACUAGUACCCUCGUAGUGCUUCAUCGUCAUGCAGUGCCAGUGCCUUAUAAGGUACCUUCCCUACCCCACAUGAAGUGUGUGUGUGUGUCUCUCGUGCAGUAUUGAUAUCCAGUGCGCCCCCCCCUCAUACUUCUCUCUCCCUCAUACAGUGCCUCUUCCUCGUGCAGUCAUUGCUAUGUAAACAGUGCCACAUUUCAUAUAAUGCCACAGUGCAUCAGUGUCCUAUUCAUAGUGCCACAUUCCCCCCCCUCCUAUACACCAGUGUCCCACUACUCAUGAAGUGCUUUAGUACAAUCUCUCCUACUUGGUGCCACAUACAGUGCCUUCUCUACUACUUGGUGCCACAUACAGUGCCUUCUCUACUACUUGGUGCCACAUACAGUGCCUUCUCUACUACUUGGUGCCACAUACAGUGCCUUCUCUACUACUUGGUGCCACAUACAGUGCCUUCUCUACUGCUUGGUGCCACAUACAGUGCCUUCUCUACUACUUGGUGCCACAUACAGUGCCUUCUCUACUACUUGGUGCCACAUACAGUGCCUUCUCUACUACUUUGUGCCGCAUAGUGCCUUCUCUACUACUGGGUGCCACAUACAGUGCCUUCUCUACUACUUGGUGCCACAUACAGUGCCUUCUCUACUACUUUGUGCCACAUACAGUGCCUUCUCUACUACUGGGUGCCACAUACAGUGCCUUCUCUACUACUGGGUGCCACAUACAGUGCCUUCUCUCACUACACUGCUCUAUUGUCCCAUAUUCAGGAAAUGUUCUUUAUUUAUGAAUAUAUUUUAACUUAUUGUGUAAUUGUAAAAUUAAAUAUAUAUAUUUUUGAUGGGUCUUGAUGAUCUUGUCAUGUGUGUUUAUACGAGUUUUUAUAUUUGUAUUUAUUAAUUGUUAUGUUUUUGUUUGAUUAAAUAAGGAGUGUUG